ACAGUUUAUCGGGAAAAUCGACAUAAUUAAAAUAAAUAAUUACGACUUGAAGCUUACAGUCAUACAUUUAAUCACAUUACAACCAGAUUUAGUCAUAUGACUAAUUCAUAGUAAUAAAUAAAUUAAAGACGAAAACAUAAGUAAUCUUAAAUUUUUUCCGCUAUUUUAGACUUUCAGCUGGAACAGAUUGAAACAGUCCUUUCCUUGCCAUUUCAUCAGCCCAAUCUUCAAAUUCAGCUUUUCUGGAAAAUAAAAGUUUAUAUUAACUUUUUACAAAAACCAACUACAAGGAUUGUAUUUGUAGAAGAAAAAAUGAAUAUUCAACAUCAACUUUUUAACUGAUUUCUCGUGAAAUAUUUUCAAGUUUACUAAAAGUUUUACAUUUUACGUUUAGUUUUACAUUUCCUCUCAUUAUUUUUGGUAUGUAAGGUUACGAUCCCGUAUUAUCAUUGUGCAUAGAAAAAUAAUACGUUUUAAAUUUUCAAAUAUUACAAUACCAAAAAGUGAAUCGACUAAAGUCUAAGCUCUAUAUUCGAUAAAGACCAAUUUUUUUAGUGUGGCAAUACCAACAAUCAAAAAACAACAGCAACACUAAUCAUUACUUCAGCAGCACAGAAAAAAAGUAAAUGAAUGAAUGAACAAGACAAGCUGAGUGUGAUUGAUGCAUUUUAAUUUUCUAAAGUUUCUUCAAAAAAUAUAACAUUAUCCAUUAUCUAUUGACAUGUGAUAAAUAGUGUUUCCGUUUCUACUCAUAUUUCAGAUAACUGAAUGAGAAACCUUGUUAUUCCCGUAAUAUAAACAACAACUGUUUUGGUGAUUUUGGAACCAACACAUAAAUGAAUGUAUUAUCCCUAUAAAUGAAAAAUGGCACAAAGCUCACACGGAGGUAGUCACAGACGCAGCAGAGAUCAUGAUGGAGGUGCCAUGCGGUACACAAACACUGAUUGGGAGGCCAAAGAGGCUCUCUACCAAAGAGAACUGGAUGAAGCCAGAGCCAGGGCCACGCAGAUGGAGAAAACUAUGCGAUGGUGGUCCGACUGCACUGCUAACUGGAGAGAAAAAUGGAGCAAAGUACGCAACGAACGGAAUAAAGCUCGAGAGGAGUCUAAACAAUUAAAGAGCAAAGUAGACGCGCUGACCAAAGAGCUGACCACGUCCAAGACAGAAAAGAAUGAUCUAGAACAACAACUAAUAGAACUGAAAAGAGACAACGAAAAACUUUUAAGUUUAGGAGAAAGUAGGAUACUGGCGGGAGACCUCACCACUGAAGACGGUGUAGAGUUGAGGCGGAAAAACGUAGGGUAUCUGUCGCCGAACGAACCUUCCAUACGACAAAGAGCGUCGCUAGACUCGCACAAAUUCUCAAACGUAGAUAAUGUCCUCGCGAACAAAUUGAGUGAGCUCAGGUUGAGGCUAGACGAAACCUGCAAGUCUCUUCAAAGCGAGAAGGAUGAAAAAGCAUUCCUACUUUCAAAGAUCGAGAAUCUAACAGCAGAAUUACAUAAUACUAAAGUGGAAAUGGCUCAUAGCGAUAGAACAUUAGGAUCCACAGAUUCAAGCCAUAGCGAGGUAGAAAGGUUACAAAAUGAAUUACAAGACGAAAUUGCAGCCAAACAGGUCUUAGCAGAAAAAAUAGCUGAACUUAAAAUGGAGAUAGAAAGGCUAAAAUCUGAGAACACAAUUCAGUGGAGCAAGCGAGAAUUGCUCGAAACAGAGAAUAUAGCAAUAUUGAGGGAAAAUAAGAAGUUAUAUAGUCAAGUGUGUGAACUAAGGGAACAGAUACAUAAGUUGAACCGAAUAUCGGACGGAAGCGCUUACUUCAGCGAUCACAACAGGCUAGAUUCAAAUAUUCUUUACGUUAGAAAGACCAGCGCUAGUCCGAGGUCCCACGAAUCGAGUAACGGCUCAUCAGAAGCCAAUUUGCACUGUGACGCUAAAACGAACACUUCGGGCGAAGACGACGAAUUAGCAAUAGUGGAAAGAAACGAUAAUUGCUAAACAAAUACCUUUUUUCAGCUUAUUUCCUGAUUUGUAGCAAGAACACGAGUUUAUCAAGGUUCUGUCAAAAUUGAAUUAAGAACGCGAAGUUAAUGGUAUGCGUAAUUUAUUCUUCUUUGAAAUUAGAGCGCGAAGUAGUUGAAAGAGGUGGUAUUUCAAUGUCGUUGUUUGCGGUUCUCGUGAAUGAGUAGAAGAAAUUGUAGUUGUAUUUAUUAGUACAUGGAUUAGAGAUCUCAUUGGCAUAGCUCGAUUUAGCCGUCAUCAACAUUAUUUAAAAUAUAAUACAUAGUACCGACGACUUUAUGUAAUACAGGGAAAAUAGUUGAAACAAUGUCUGCCCAAGUUUAGAGGUUAUACAGAGUUAAAAUCACCAAGAUAAACUUGGUUAAGUCUGCAAAGAUUUAAAAAGCAAAUAUGAACGUCAUACAAAAAUUUCAGUACCGCGCGUUGUUACGGCCUAGUUUUAUUUAUAGUUCCGACUUCCGAUUCCAUAGAUCGUAAAACUAAAACCCGCCAAAUUAAUGUGUUAUAGUUAGAACAAAAAUAAAUUCGCGCCAAAAUAAACGAAUGCAUUUUAAAAUCAUUCCAUUGCGUUCCAUUUGAAACGAAAUACGUAUUAGAGGGUACAAAUAUUAGUACCUAUUUUACGCUUAAAAUUUAGCUGUAUGCUAAAUUAAAUUACACGCCUGGUUAAGGUUACGCGUACGGAAAGCUUCUGACGACUCUUCAAAUAUUUAGUUUGAUAAAAAAUAUUUACCUUGGAAACGUAUUAAAGUAGAUAUACCGAACUAUUUUUUUAUACCUGUUCAAUCCCCAAGCAGUCACCAGUAACCGCUCUCCACUAACUCCAUUAUAGACCUAAUUUCCGAUGUUUAGAGACUACUUUUGUAUGAACAAAUUUUGAGCAUUUUCGGUACGAUAUAGCAACGUACUAGUUAAGUUUAGUACCUAUAAUUUGGUUUAAUAAAAUUAGGGCUAGGAGGCUAUUUUGCAUUUCGCCACAAAAUUACCGUUUCGCGUCUAUUACAUAUUUUGAACAUAUUUAUUUUUCAACACCGUUAUUACGGUGUCGUCCAGGUCACACUGAUUGUUGGCCCGAACCAUAAAAAAAUCCUUGAAUAUCAAUUUUGAGGGGGAAAAUCAUCCAAUGACUUCUCCCAUCUUGAGCGAGGCGGG